CAGCUCUUUUCGCUGCGACUCGACUGUGAAUGGAUAGUUGUUCUAACCCACCUAGUUCCUUCGUUACAGAGCAUUCAAAGCAAAAAGGCGGUUCAGAAUCCAUUAAGGAAAACAUAAUUCUCCGAUUUUCUGCAGAUGCCGCACCUCAGGGAGGACAACCGUUACACAAUUCAAAGAAAAAGUUGUUCAUCCAGGCAGCAUGGGAGUAAAGAAAAUAACAGAAAACAAUAUUAAACCGCAGUACAUAUGUUCCGAUAUAUUGGCCUGAGGUUUUCUUCUUGAAAUUGCAAACUUUUCGUUUGCCAACUUUGCAGUACUUCCUGUAGUUGCAAUCAGCUGCGGCAGUUUGGUAAUCGCCAGCGAGGUUGUGUCAUGCGACGAGAGCCCAUAAAUUGCGGGACCGGGACCGGGUUCGCUUGUCACCAGGCGGAGUGUCGGCGAGGAUAACCAUGAGCACUCAGACCGCUUGUGGCGGGGUCGACGAGGAGAAGCCUGUCACCCAGGAGGUUCAACAGCUUGCCGAUUCAGUGAAGCCUCAGGUUGAAGAGAAAGCUGGAAAAACAUUUGACACAUUUGUUGUCACAGUCUACAAAACACAAGUUGUAGCUGGGAUCAACCACUUUUUUAAAAUCCAUGUUGGUGGCAGUGACUACAUUCACGUCAAAGUAUAUGAAAAGCUUCCUUGUCAUGGCAGUGAAAAGGAGGUACUGGGCAUCCAGAACAACAAAUCAAAGGAUGAAGAACUAACUUUCUUUUGAAUACAAAAUAUCUUACUGUCAGUGCUCUAGGCUUAUGCAAAAGUAGUUUGUUUUAUAUUUUUAAGCAUCUCUCUUUUGGCUUUAUCAAAACUGGGGACAUUCUUAUUUUGCAUCAACUUCCAGCCAUAUAAACCAUAUCAUAUGGUUGGGAGAAGAGUGCAGAGGUUCAAGAAGUUUGAUUAUGUAUACCAUCCUUGAACAAACAUGAAAGAUUUUUUAUAAUCAAAGGUUAUUGUGGUGAAUUCAAUUUGUGUAAGGAAAAAAUCGGGCAUAAUUUUUGAACUAAAUUGUUUUUGUUGAGAUUAUGUAUACUUUUUAUUGUACUCUGCAGUUUAUUUUAAGAAAUAAAUGCACUUGCUACUG